AAAUUAUAUUUUCCCAUAAACAUAACACACACGGAGCAAACAAUUGCUCUGACUCUGUGUGAUAUUUCGGACGAAAAUUAUUCUUCCAAAACCCUAAAAACCUAAUUUUUAUUAGUGUGUGAUGCUGCAUUUUUUUAUAGUGAUCAUAUAGAUUUUAGUGUUAGUAUUUAUAGGGAUUCGCUGAGUUGUCAGGAGGAAGAUUUUCUUCUUUUGUCUCUUAAAAAGGGACUGUCGUAAAGCUUUAUCACCCUGAUUGUGUUGGAAAGGUUCCUCAAUUUGCGAACUGUGGAGCCCUGGAUUUGUAAGUCGCAUUGCUGCUUCAAUUGUGGUGGAGGUCCAGAAUUUCAUUCUGUUGGCUGUCGGAAAAGCUGUAUGCAAACGUUGUGUUAAGUGUGCGGAGUUUGUGAAGUUCAGAGAGAAACAGAGCUUCUGUGGUCAAUGCUUAAAGCUUCUUAUAUUAAUAAAAAUGUUGAUUUGACUCUGAUGGGGUAUCAUUAAUUAUUAUCUUGCAGGGCAAGAUAAAUUUUAAGGACAGGGAAACAUACGAGAGACUGUUUAAGGACUACCGGGAUCUAAUAAAGGACGUGGAAGGCGUUACUUUACAAGAUCUCCAUUUUACAGACAAGGAGCAAGUUGGCAAUCAAAAAGUUGGCUACAACAGCAAUAAAAAAGAGGGCUAUGGAAAACGUUUGAUUCAGACAAACUUUUUGAAGUGGAUGAACAUUUUGUAUCCAGAUUUGAAGAUAUAUGGGGGAUCUACCAUCACCGUCAAUGGAUCUAUGCAAUGGGGUUCCACAUCCUGCACUGACGUCUAUGAAAAGAACAAUAAGAAAUAAUAGGGAGUUUAUUGGGUGGGGGUCAGCAUCUCUCAUAGAAUUUCUUAUAUCCAUUGGCAAGGAUCCAAGCCAGGCUCGUGAUAUAUAUGAUUUGAACAGCAUCAUCAGCGAAUAUAUAACCAGAAACAAUCUCAUUGGUCGAGAAAAAAAGAAGAGGGUUACAUGUGAUGAAAGACUUUAUUCUCUUUUAGGGAAGAGGAUAGUGCACAAGAAUAAAAUUCAUGACUUGUUGGAACCUCAUUUACUUGCUUCGCAAGAUUCGUCAUCAGAGGAUGAGCUGAGCGAUAACUCGGAAGAGAGUGAAGGUGCUUCAAAUUCUCGCAAAAGAAAAAGAAGGAGGGGACUGGACAAGACAAAUGGGACAAUGGGAAUUAAGGUGGCUCCACGUAGCUGUUUUGCUUCUGUAGUAACUCAAAACAUCAAGUUGGUUUACUUGAAAAGGAGCUUGGUUCAGAAGCUGUCAGAAGAUCUUGAUACCUUUGAUGACAAAGUAGUUGGGAGCUUUGUGAGGGUCAAAAGUGACCCUAAUGACUAUCUCCAGAAAAUUUCGCACCAGCUUCUGCAAGUUACUGGGAUACAGAAGGAUUCAGAGGCGGGUGACAGCUGUACAGGAAUUAUAUUGCAACUCUCAAAUAUGAGUGACGGUGUCCAGAUACGCAUGCUGUCAGAUGAUGAUUUUACUGAGGAAGAGUGUGAGGACCUACGCCAGCGUGUGAAAGACGGUCAGAUGAAGAGGCUCACUACUUUGUAUGUUGAAGGGAAGGCCAGAGUUCUGCACCAGGAUAUCACAUGUCAUUGGAUUGAAAGAGAGCUUGCCCUGUUACAAAAUCUGAUUGACCGAGCAAGUGAGAAGGGAUGGCAAAGAGAGCGUUUUGAGUACCUUGAGAGGAGGGUGUUACUUGAGUCAUCAUCUGAAAAGGAGAAAUUGAUACAAGAAGUUCCACUAGUAAUUGCUGACGAAAUUGAGGCCGAGCCUCCUGCUGAGUUGCCUGGAGAUGAAAACUUUAAAACCAAAUAUUCACCUAGAUCAAUCACUUAUAGGGAUUCAAGAUCUCCUGAAGACGAGUCCAAAAAAGAAACCUCAUCUAGUCCCAAAGAUGGAGAAAGUUUGCAUGCAGGUCCCAAUUGCAAAAGCAAUGGUGUUGCUUAUGCAGUUGCUCAAUCAGAUCUAAUUACGAAUGAAGUUCCAAAUGGGGGAAAUGUUGCUGCUGGAGUGUCUAAUAAUUUACAAGGUCGAGAUGGCAUAAGUAGCAGUGCUGCCUAUGCUGUGGCUCAACUAAACACGGGGAAUAGAGAUAGAAACCGGGAAAUUGUUAAUGGCGGAUCCUCUGAGAACGUAGAAGCUGCAGCAUAUGUUUCUGAUGAGGAAAUCUUCGUUGUUAAGGAAGAGAAGAAUCAACUUCAUUCCGGUGGCAAUGCGAAACAACAAGCGUCAAUAGAGGAUGACAAGCAGUGUAACAAUGAAACAAACAACAAAAAUCAGGAUAAGAAAGGAAAUAUUGUGGUGAUUGAUUUAGAUGAUGACGACGACGACGGCGAUGCUUGUGGAAACCUAAUACUUGAUAACCCUGAAAGUUCGAUAUGGUAUUAUAUAGACCAAGCUGAUAAAGUUCAAGGACCGUUCUCAAUGAGUUUGCUCAAAGGGUGGAAAAGCAGGGGUUGGUUUGGAUCUGAUUUUAGGGUCUGGAAAACAGGCCAGACAAAAGAAGCGGCAAUCCUUCUUACUGAUGCAAUAUCUCAAGUAUUCCAUAUUAGGUAAGAAGUUUGGAGUCCUUUUGAAAUCAUUUUGCACAUACUUCUUUUUAGGAUCAAUUUCAGUUACUCAUCCAUGUUUUGUUAGAGUACAAACAAUCUAUUGCCGGGAAAAAAAAAAUUGAACAGUGAAAGUUCCUUCGGUAAUGCCUUGAAAACACAUCUAAAAUCCUUUUCCUGUUAAAACCCUACUCAUCAUAAAAGGCUCAGUUAUCUUUUCAGAA